AUGUCUCGAGAAGAAAUUCAAACUCUACCCUAUCUAGAUCUCUCCGCAGUAGUAAAAGAAGAUCUAUGCAUCAGCAUGGCAAAUCCUACUCGUCUACCUCACGUUGUUCCUACAGGUGGAUGGACAUUCAAAUCCGUCUAUUUCCCCGCUAGAACUAUUAUAGGCUGCUCAGCCUACGAGCUCCAUUUCAACGCAGAAGUAUUUCCCAAUCCUUAUGAAUUUCAGUCCGAAAGAUGGCUAGAAGGAAAUGUUUACAGCCGAAGCGAAUGA